AUGUGCGCGAAGAUGAGUGUGCUGCAAGGUCGCCACAUAGGAAUUAUGACCCUUACGAGCAGCCCGUGUGAGCUAGACAACAUGAGCUUGUUUCAAGACCUCAAGUUGAAAAGGAGAAAGGUCGACUCCCGAUGUGGUAGUGACGACUCCCCGGUAUCCCUCGGAUCAGCAGGCUCGCCGCUCGGGAUCCAGCCGGCGGAUGCUCCUUCACCCAUAAACUUUCCUGCUCCAGGGGAGAGCAUGGCCGACACCUCGACCCUGUCGCCGGAGGCUAACAUGCCGGGCUCGCCGGGCUGCCCUGUGGUCAAAGUGAAAAGCGAGUAUCUGCUAGGCAUCCCGAGUCCUGGGACACCGCGAGAUCCACUACGGGGCGGUGGCGGGGCUGGUGGCCUGGACGCUCGCGACACAAGUUGCUCGGACCGUGCGUCGCCCGACUCAGUCUUCCCGGACGCCACUACGAUGGUGGGCUUCCGACAGCAGCAGCAGCAACAGCAGCAGCAGCAACAGCAGCAGCAGCAGCAGCACCAACAACAACAGCAGCACCAACAGCAACGUUCUGGUACACCGUUACCGACCAGAUCGUCGCCUUACUCGCCUAUACAGGCGGUUUCCACGACUCCCAUGCCCCAAGAAGCAACCUCAAGGAGCGACAGCCCCGACAAAAGUGACCUGUCCUCCGUCCAAACUAAAGAGGAGUUCGAUAACUCGGUGUUCGACGGAGGGGGUGGACGCUCCGAGACCUCCAGUCAGCCGAGCCAUCGGAGCAGCCCAUCCUCGCAAUACAAUUCCAACCAGAGCAUGAGUCCCAGCGCAAGCACCCAGCACAGUGUUCAACAACAACAUCAACAACAGCCGCAGACUCCGCCCACGCCACCCAGACCCCGAGCCCCAUCGGUGCCGCCCCAUCUUCUCGCUCAUCACCAAUUUUGGUCGCAAAACUCCGGCGUACAGGGAUUCGCCACGCAAAGGCUACUGAACGGAGUUAUCAGCAGCGCCGUCAACUACGGGCAAAAUGUCGCGGUCGUGUCCACCAGCAGUAACAACACGAACCUGAGCAGCACGGGGAACGGCGGUAAUGGGGUCACCUCCAUGAACACGGGCGCGACUACCACCACAUCCACGUGUGAAAUGAAACCACCGGCGCAAAGACCGGCGCCGGCACCCCCAAGACCGCCGCCCACGGUCAUCAUGGGUGAGAUGGGGGGCGUCAGGACGAUGAUAUGGUCCGCGCCCCCAUUGGAUCCCGUACCACCGCCAGCGGCGUCGUGGACGACCACCGCCGCUGCGGCAUCCUGUUCUUCCUCGGAAGAAUCGGCCGCCCAGUUACUCCUGAACCUGGGUCAGGAGUCCAGGGGCAAACCACCCUGCGUUUCCUAUGCGUCCGGUCCACCGCUUAACAUGGAGAGGUUAUGGGCCGGUGAUCUGACGCAAUUACCGGCCGCGCAACAGAUGCAGGCACUGAACCUGACGGCCUCCAGUUCCGGUCAGACCUGGGUAAGAAACGGUGGGGUCGUGAAAUGCGAGUCCGCGUCGCAAUCGAUGUCUGUGGCGCCUCCUGCGCCACCGAUGCCGCCCCAGGAACACGAGGAGGACGAGACGCGUAUGAUAUGUAUGAUCUGCGAGGACAAGGCGACCGGUCUUCACUACGGGAUCAUCACAUGCGAAGGAUGUAAAGGGUUCUUCAAGAGAACCGUACAAAAUAGGCGGGUGUACACGUGCGUGGCAGUAGGCGGCUGCGAAAUAACGAAAGCCCAAAGAAACAGGUGUCAAUACUGUCGCUUCAAAAAGUGCAUUGAACAGGGUAUGGUCCUUCAGGCUGUUCGAGAAGAUCGGAUGCCUGGUGGCAGAAAUUCUGGUGCUGUGUAUAACCUUUACAAGGUGAAGUACAAAAAGCACAAGAAAAGUAAUAAAGCGAGCGCAGUGGGCGGAAAUAUGGGUGGCAUGGGUGGCGGCGGUAACGUUGGCGGUGUGAACGGAUCGGGAUCCCUCGGUGGUACCAAAACCACCAUGGGCUCGACGAUGUUGGACAGGCACAUGGCUGCGGCCGCACACCAUAGCCAACAGCAACACGCUCAGCUGGCUGUUGGUUACCUACAUCAUCACAAAAUUUCGUCGGGCGAUCCGCUCAACUCACAACCUACCCCCAGUCAUCCGAGUCACCCCGCGCAUUCGGGUCACCUCGUCAACGGGACGAUACUGAAGACGGCGCUCACCAACCCCUCCGAAGUGGUACAUUUAAGGCAGAGGCUAGACAACGCUGUGAGCAGUUCGAGGGAUCGAGCUUUUCCUUUGGACGCGACCCUCGCCAUGAUCCAAACCCUUAUAGACUGCGACGAGUUCCAAGAUAUCGCUACAUUGAGGAACUUGGACGAGCUACUGGACCAUAAAUCAGACUUAAGUGAGAAGCUGUGUCAGAUAGGAGACAGCAUAGUGUACAAGUUGGUGCAGUGGACCAAAAGGUUACCGUUUUACCUUGAGCUACCGGUCGAAGUUCACACAAGGUUGCUCACCCACAAGUGGCACGAGCUACUGGUGCUGACCACAUCCGCCUAUCAAGCGAUGCAUGGUCAGCACAAGUUCACCAACGCCGGUACCGACGGGACGGGAGCGGACUUUAUGCAAGAAGUUUCGAAUAACAUGUAUACGCUACAAACGUGCCUAACCAGCAUGAUGGGCCGGCCGAUAACCAUGGACCAAUUACGGCAAGACGUAGGGCUCAUGGUAGAAAAGAUCACAUACGUUACGUUAAUGUUCAGGAGGGUGAGGCUACGGAUGGAGGAGUACGUCUGUCUGAAAGUAAUCACCAUGCUCUCACAAGCACGUGGAGGUACAAUGGAAUUAGAACAAAUACAAGAACGGUACAUGAGCUGUCUGCGAAGUUUCGUCGAGCACAGCGCGCCCCAACAGCCGAGUCGGUUUCACGAUCUUCUCGUCAGGUUGCCGGAAGUACAAUCGGCGGCGGCUCUUCUACUCGAGAGUAAAAUGUUCUACGUUCCUUUCCUAUUGAACUCAGCAAUUCAAAGAUAGUAAAUAAAAAAA